AUGGAGGAAAUUCUGCUAAAGCUCCUGGUUGCCGACAAUACGAUAAUACAGGAGGGUACUGCUGAACUUCGAGAAGCUAUUAAAAAACCAGAAAGUGCUCCUGCAUUAUGUCAGCUUGUUGUUUCAUCAGCUAAUGCUGAGAUAAGACAGUAUGCUGCUGUUCUGCUGCGAAAGCGGUACAACAAGGGAAAGCAUUGGUUGCAAUUACCAGAACACAUCAGAACUGAACUAAAAGCAGUGAUACUCCAGGCUUUAGUGAACGAGCAAGAGAAAUUUGUGAAAAAUGCAAUAACUCAGUUAAUUGGAACUAUCGUGAAACAUGAACUGCCAAACAAUGGUUGGCCUGAAGUUCUUCAAUUUGUUCAGCAGCUUGUUUCUAGUGAGAACUUAGCUGACAAAGAGCUGGGAAUGUAUACUUUAUCCACAAUGACUGAAGUAGCACCUGAUGCCUAUUUACCGCAUAUGUCUUCUAUUGUUUUUCUACUUGGAAACACACUGAACAAUCUUCAGGAUUUAGGAAAUUCUGUGGCACAUUAUAUCCUUCAGACAAUGCUACACCUUGUACCUUUAGUAGAAGGGGACCAAAAUAUGGUGAACGCAUAUCAUCAAAUGAUGCCUCAAGUGAUGAACACAAUUCAAGCUCUAAUUGUUGCGAAUGAAUAUCAGGCAGUAGAAGCUUUCGAAUUGUUGGAUGAACUAUGUGAAAAUGCAGUUGCAGUUAUAUCACCCCACAUUAAACCCCUCAUUGGGAUGUGCCUUGCGAUAGCUGGGAACAAGUCCUUAGAUGAUGCCUUGAGAGUCAAAGCUGUAGACUUUAUAGGCUGGUUAACAAGAUCUAAAAAAAAAGCCAUUGUUAAACACAAGAUGGUUGAGCCUAUAAUUGACAUGCUCUUCACACUGAUGUCCACACCACCUGAUGACGAAACUGAUGAGGUUUACUUUAGCGGUGAUAAUGAGGACAACACACCUAUGACCUGUGCCACACAGACCCUAGAUCUUUUGGCAUUACAUCUACCUCCAGAAAAACUCAUUCCGCAUCUGUUGCAGCAUGUGGAACCAGGUUUACAAGGUACAGACAUCUAUGCGAAAAAGGCAUCCUACCUAGCAAUGGCGGUGUUAGCUGAAGGUUGUUCCGAAUGCAUCCGCUCAAAAUACUUAGAAUCCUUUCUACGCUGUAUCUGCCAGGGUAUCACAGACCAGGCUGCUGUUGUUCGUAAUGCUGCGUUAUUUGCACUUGGUCAAUUUUCUGAGCAUUUACAGCCAGAGAUCAGUCGGUACUCGUCCGAGCUCUUACCUGUACUCUUUGAGUAUCUUGGCCAAGUUUGUACCCAUAUCAAACAAGAGAAAAAAGAACUUCCAUCCGUGGACCGCAUGUUUUAUGCCCUGGAGAUGUUCUGUGAAAACCUUAACGAGAGUCUUUUACCAUAUUUACCUAUGCUUAUGGAACGACUUUUUGAAACUCUGACAGCUGAUACUCCCGUACAUGUUCGUGAACUUUCCCUAAGCGCAAUUGGCGCCGCAGCCAAUGCCAGUAAGGAACAUAUGCUUCCUUACUUUGAGAGGAUCAUCGCUAUACUGAAUGGUUACCUAACUGAGAAGCAAACGGAUGAGACAAUGUGCUUACAGAUCCAGGCAGUUGAUACUUUGGGUGUUCUUGCGAGAACCAUUGGAAAUGAUCAUUUCGCUCCACUGGCGGAGAGUUCACUUCAGUUUGGAUUGAAACUGCUCAAGGAAACCGAUGAUCCAGAUCUGAAAAAGUCUAUCUAUGGUCUUUUUGCGUCUAUUAGUUCUGUUAUGAAGAAGAGUAUGGCUGUUGUACUACCUCAGAUUAUAGAACAGAUGAUAAAGAGUAUACAAAGUUCCGAGGGUAUAGUUGCACAUUUUAAAGACGAUGAGAACACUGCAUUUCCUGUAUAUGAGGAUCUAAGUGAUAACGAAAACGCGGAUGAGGAAGAUAUAGAGAAUACUGAUAAUGAGGAAGAUGACGAUGAUGAGGAUGUUGCUGGUUACAGUGUUGAAAAUGCAUACAUUGAAGAAAAGGAAGAAGCCGUUUUAGCUUUAAAGGAAAUUGCUCAGUAUACGGAAGAGGCAUUUUUACCAUAUUUGGAACAGUCCUUUGAAGAGACAUUCAAACUUAUUAAUUAUCCACAAGAGGAUAUACGUAAAGCUUCUAUCGAUGCACUGCUACAAUUUUGCAUUAACUUUUCUAAAAUUGGUACAAACGAAGGAAGGCAAGCCACUCUGAAGGCUGUUUCUAUUUUCGUACCGAAGCUUUCAGAAUUAAUAAGACUGGAUGAUGAGCGCUCUGUCGCCAUUGCUGCGCUUGAUGCGUUUUCAGAGCUUCUCAAGGAACUGAAGACAGAUAUUCUAAUUGGGGAAGGUCACAGAGAUGCCAUAGUAAAUUGCAUAACAGAUGUAAUGACAGGAAAAACUGAGUGUCAGGAUCAGGAAGACGCUGAUGGUGAGGAGGCCGAGGCUGAACAGGACGAAUUAUUAGUGGAAUGUGCUGGCGACGUUUUGUCGAAUUUUGGAAAAGUAAUUCCCGCGGAGGAUUUUGCCCUUUACUUUCAAACGGUGCUGCCAAUGUUUCUCGAUAAAUUGAAAAAGAACAAAUCAGAGGGACAACGAUCCUUUAGUGUUGGCACGAUUUCUGAAUGCUUUUCAGGAUUGAAACACACUGUAGCAUCAUUUGUACCUCAACUUCUUCCAACAUUUCUUAAACUGACUGACGAUCCUAGCGCUGAAGUUCGCAAUAAUGCAAUUUACGGUAUCGGAGAACUCGCAUUGCAUGGCAAGGAAUCAGUAUAUCAAUAUUAUCCUGAAAUUCUUCAGGCUCUCUCUGGUGCAAUAGCAAAGGAAACUCAUGGUGGAGCUCGAGAUAAUAUAGUAGGCGCAAUUGCGCGUCUUAUCAUAACAAAUUACGAAAUCUUACCUUUAGAUCAGGUGUUUCCUGUAUUUGUAAAUCAACUUCCACUAAAAGAAGAUUUCGAAGAGAAUAAGGCUGUCUUCAACAGUAUCCUUAUUCUCUAUCGAGCUGGCCAUGCCGUUCUUCAGCCACACGUAAAAACCUUGCAGAAGAUUGCAGUAACUGUGCUUCGCGAAGAAAAAGCUAUGGACGAUGAGACCAAGUCACUCGUCAAUGAAUUUGUGAAGUCAUCUCAGCGAGAUUUUCCUACCGAGUGGAAUGCUCUCCUUAGUGAACUGCCACCGGAAGUGGCAUCUGAUAUUUAUCGUAUCUUCUCCUAAGCAAGUUCUCGAUGUCUAUCGUUAUUCUGAGAGAUUUAAACGACAUAAAAAAAAUACUCCGUUAAGAGCAAUGUAUUUGCGUUGUUGUUUAUGAAACCAGAAGUAUCAGUGCGAUUUUCUGGUUAGAUACAUUUUAAUCCUUAUAUUUGUGGAUUGGAUCUGAUCCCAACGCUUAGAAUUAUUAAGACCCAGUCUUAUAAGAAUCACAAUCGUUUAACCUUUGGAAUUCUGGUUUCAACGUAAGAAUGCACGCGUACGCUAUAUUCUCUCAGUUGCUAAGAAUUUAUACGAAGUGCUAGAGAUGUUUUACGUGUGGGAGUUCGUUGAAGAAAUAUUAUCAUGGGAAUUUUGUACAACGUGCCUUCCGGUUAGUCAAGCCAUUAUUUUUGCAUAAGCCAACUGUUUCUUCGGGGUAUAGGUAUCCCGCGUCCGGUUUCCCUUGUAACAAGGAUCUAAAAUCUAGAAUCAAAAUCCGAACAGUCGUAUCUUAUAAUUAUAAAUUACGAACUAACGGAAAUUUUGCUUGCAUGGAUGAUAUAAUUUUUUAAAAAUCUUGUUACAUCACGCGAAGAAAAAAUUAAAUUAAAUAAUAGCAUCAUCGUACAAUAAAAAUAAAUGUAUUGCCGUGAAUGAAAUAAAGGUUUUGUAUUUUU